AUUGUUUAAAAGUUAAAGAUAAAUCUUCACGCUUUAGUAAAGGAAUUCUUGAAAGACCAUUUUAUUUGGCACUAAUUGAAAUGUUGACAAAUUGUUUUGGGAAUGGAGGAAAAUUUCCUGAUAACGUUAAAAAAAGUAAAGUUUUUAUGCUAGAAAAUAUAAAUUUAACACGAUUAGAAGAUAUUGAAAAUGAGAUGAAAAAAUUAAUUGAUUUGUGGAAUGGAUUUCCAAUUAUAUUUCAAAAUUCUCAUAAAUCGAUGAUCAAAGAAUUUUUAUUUGGUUUUUUAAAUUUUGAAGAUUUAAACACUUUCUUGGGGUUAAAGACAACUUUUAAAUCAUCAUCACACCUUCCACCAUCAUUUAACGAGUGUGUUGAGUCAUUUACAAGGGUUUAUAUUAAAAAAAAUCAAAAAAAGAAUCCCAGGAAUCCUAAUAGUAGUAAUAUAUUAACAAUUGGUGGUAAAGCAUUAUCAAAACAUUCUCAUCGUGACAAAUCAACUUUAUUUUGGGGAGUUUGUACUGGAACUGAAAGCAAAAAAAAUGAACAAGCAAAUCAUGUUUUAGCUAAAAUUAUAACAAAUGCAUCUUGGGUGAAUUUACAUUCACUUCCACACGAUAUACUUGUAUAUGAAAUACGUAAUGAUUUAGGGUAUGGACAAAAAUUAUGUUUCGUGGAAGCAUGCGGGUUCGAAUAUACUUCAAAAUUACAACGUAUGUUUACUGAUAUGGGUUUAAGUAAGGACCUUAACGAUCAAUUUAGAGAAAGACAUUCAGUAGAACAAGUAGAUAAUCAAGUCGACUUUUCGGUUUUAGUAUUGGGUACUGCAUCUUGGCCACUUCAGCCCUCCACAACAAAUUUUAGUAUCCCAGAAGAGGUUGAAAGAACAUUUCAACGAUUCAAGAUUUUCUAUCAAAAUAAACAUUCAGGUCGUAAAUUGAAUUGGCUUUUCCAUCUUUCAAAAGGUGAAUUAAAAGCUAACUACUUGAAAGCAACAAAAACGGGAUAUACUUUUCAGGUAUCUACAUACCAGAUGGGUAUUCUUUUGCAAUACAAUAAAGAUACAUCUUAUUCAUUUGAAGAAUUGAGCCAGAGCACGGAUUUAAGACAUGUAAAACAUAUAAAUGGGUUGCCUGUAUUUAUUAUUCAUGCUCAUAAAGAUUUGGAUAUUCCAUUAUCGAAUUCACGAGAAUUAUUUAAUCAAAUCGUUGCAUCACGACAACGACAAAACAAUCAUAUUGAACAUACAUUCACAAAUUUUGCACGCGAAGGAAUUUUGUAUAUGCAAACUGAUUUGAAAACAUGGUACCUACAACCAUUUUAUGCGGCUCAUAACAAUGCACAUGGUUGGGAAUUUGUUAGUGAACAGGUUAAAGAUUUCUUGGAAUUAAAUUCUAUGAGUGCUAGUAGCAGUAAUAAUGGUGGUAAUGGAGAUCAUGAAAAGAGAGAUGCUUGGGAACUUAUCGAUUAA